AUGGCAAGGGCACACCGUGGAGAUGCUACUCUGCCAAGCAUCUUGGUCAGCUUCGUCCUCCUGCAACUCCUGGCUUCUGGAAACGGAAAAUCAGAUUUCCGAGUCCUUGGACCUCCUGACCCACUUCUGGCCAUAGUUGGGGAAGACAAAGAGUUGCCCUGCAAACUGUCACUCAAUAUCAGCGCUGAGGGCAUGGAGCUGAGGUGGUACAGGGACAAGCCCUCAUCAGCUGUGCAUGUGUAUAAGAACGGGGAGGAUGUGUAUGACGAGCAGAUGACGGAAUAUAAGGGAAGGACCUCGUUCAACAGCAGCUAUGUGGCCAUGGGAGAGGCUGCUGUGAAGAUACACAAUGUCACUGUGUUUGAUAAUGGGACUUAUCACUGUGUCUUCAAGGAACACACAUCCCACAGCCAGGCCACCCUGUGGCUGAAGGUGGCAGGGCGGGGCUCAUCCCCCAGAAUCCAUGUGACUGACACCCAGGACAAAGACAUCCGGGCCGAGUGCACCUCAGCAGGCUGGUACCCAGAGCCCAAGGUGGAGUGGCUGGACCUCAAAGGAAAACCGGUGCCUGCUGAGACUCGCUUCUCAGUUACUGCCAGCACUGGCCUUGUGGCUGUGCUAUCCAUUGUGACUCCGCAGGACAGGGCUGUGGGGGGCCUGACUUGCUCUAUCUCCAACCCCCUCCUCCCUGAGAAGGUGACUGAGACUUACCUGCUUGCCUCUCUGUCCAGAAGGCCUCAGUCCACAGAAAGCGGACCGGCUCUGCCUUUGAUCCUCACAGCACUAGGGCUGGUCUCAGCAGCAAUAGCCUGUGCCUUUGGGAAGUGUCACAAAGAACAUAAAAAAAGUCAAGAAGAAGAGGAUCCAGGAACCCGUGAUGGGACUGAGCUCUUCCAUGUGAGUCUGUCCCUGGACCCUGAAACUGCCAGUCCCAAACUCAUGGUGUCAGAGGAUCAGAAAAGUGUGAAGCGGCUGCUAUUUGACCAGGAUGUGUCCCCCAGUUCCAGGAGAUUUGACCAGGACCCCUGCAUCCUGGCUCAAGAGCGAUUUGAGGCAGGGAGACAUUACUGGGAAGUAGAGGUUGGGGACAGGAGGGCCUGGAUUCUGGGUGUGUGUCUGGAGAGUUUGGUGCGGGAAGGAAGGAUCCCCAAGUCACCCCAGCAUGGCCUCUGGGCACUAGAGUUUUACAAGAAGAAACUCCAAGCCCUCUCCUACCCCAGGACUUGCCUGUCUCCUCCAGAGCCCCUUCGGCGGGUGGGCAUCUUUUUAGACUUUGAGGCAGGAGAAAUCUCCUUUCAUAAUGCAACCAAUAACUCCCUGAUCUACGUGUUCUCUGGAUUCUCCUUUUCUGGUCCCCUACAGCCAUUCUUCUGUCUCUGGACCCAUGACCCCAGGCCUCUAACCAUCUGCUCAGUGGUCAGAGAGACUGAAGAAGAGACAGAAUCCUCUGGAGGUCCUAACCUCCCUGGGGACUCCUGA